AUGAUUCGGCAAUUAUUAAAAAGGGUAACCUACAGUACUACCGCAACCUACAGUACUACCGCAACCUACAGUACUACCGCAACAUAUUCACCAUCAUAUCUCAAAUUGCAAGUUGGAUUGAUUCAGAGGUGCAAAAGACACGAGAAAACAGAUAAUCUAUAUAUAUCGGAUAUCGAUAUCAACAAGGGGGAUACGAUUCAAGUAUGUUCUGGUUUAGUACCGUAUGUUCCAAUCGAACAAAUGUUGCUAAAAAGAGUAGUAGUGAUUACCAAUAUGAAGAGUAGGAAAUUGAAGGGAGAAGUAUCCCAGGGCAUGAUUUUGGCUGCGGAAAAAGUUGUUGACGAAAAAACAAAAACGGUUGUUGUUGAACCUGUAGAACCACCUAAAAGUUCAGUAAUUGGUGAACGAUUAUAUUUCGACAAAGAGGAUAGAGAUUUUGAGCCACCAAAGUUGAAAGAAAAAGUUUGGGCGUAUUUGCAGCCAAAGUUGGGCACCAAUGAAGAUAAGCAAGUUGUAUUUGAAAAUAAGACUUUGCUUCGAGGAGAAAACAGAGAUGACUUUGCUUCUGGUCCAGAUUAUAAAAUUGUGGUAUUAGGGGCUGGUGGUGUGGGAAAAUCUUCCAUUACUGUUCAGUUUGUACAAGGUGUUUACAUUGAAAGCUACGAUCCGACUAUUGAGGACUCUUAUAGAAAGCAAAUCGAAGUUGAUGGUCGUGCAUGUGAUUUGGAGAUUUUAGAUACCGCUGGUGUAGCGCAAUUUACAGCUAUGAGGGAGUUAUAUAUCAAGAGUGGGAAAGGUUUUUUAUUAGUUUACUCAGUUACUGAUGAAAAUUCUUUAAAAGAAUUGUUAGCCUUACGAGAGCAAGUUUUACGAAUCAAAGAUUGCGAAACUGUUCCCAUGGUAUUAGUUGGAAACAAAUGCGAUUUAGAAGAAGAUAGAGUUUUAAGCAUAGAAGACGGUGUACAAGUGAGUCAAGAUUGGGGGCUUGUGCCAUUUUACGAAACAAGUGCCAUGUACAAGACAAAUGUCGAUGAAGCGUUUAUUGAUGUUGUAAGGCAAAUCAUGAGGAACGAAGCAGCUAUUAGUGUUGAAAAGAAGAUUUUAAAAGAAAAACACAAAUUAGAACAAGCACAAGCACAAGAAAGUCAAAAAUCAAAUUUAACAUAUUCGGAAACGACUACUACUCAACAGUAUGGCGGUAAUGAAAAUCCAAAUACCCAACUAAACUCGGCUGCAGCACCUCCUGCCACCACUCUCACUGGCAGGUUUACACAAUUGAGUGGUGUUAAUUCAUCAAAAUCGAGCUCUGGAAAUAAAUGUUGCACUAUUAUGUGA